AUGGGGAAGUACGACGAAGCCAAUGAGAUCGAAUUCAUCUGCGUCAUCAAAGGCGGCAAAGACGUCAAGGUGAAGCAAGAGGAUGACAUGACACUCCGACAAUUGCAGGCCUAUAUACAGACCACUCAAAAACUCAUAGGGGAACUGACUCUUUACUACAACAACAAAAAGCUCACCAACCUGUACGCUCCGAUUGGAGAGGUUCUAAAGCCCGGAGACACUCUGGUCAUCCACAACAACACCAAGGCAAUCGUCGCCACUGGCGGCUUUGGUAUGGGAGGCGAGGCGAAAUCCAACAGCAGCAAUCAGGCCGUCGCCCAUGGAGGCCACGCCACCGGCGGCAUGUUCUACCCAUCGGGGAACCCCAAGGCAGGCAGUGGAACUGGAGGAGAUGCCUGGGGGGAUUAUGGGGCGGGCGGGGAUGGCUUUGGCGGAAAUGCGAACAACGUGCAUGGAUCAGUGAAGGCGGGCCUAGCGGUAUCGGGGAAUUUUCAUAAACACGAGGAGCACCGAUCGAUGAAGGAGAGGCUCUUUAGGCGUUAG